AUGGAUAAAUCUUGGAUUGGAAUGCCAAGGAACACACCAGAGUAUGUGAUUGGUUUGAAUCAGUUUCUGAAUUUUGCAUUUAACAAUGGAGCUAUAGGAGAUAAAAUAAAAUGUCCAUGUCAUAAAUAUGGUUUUCGGAAGUGGCAGACCAGAAAAAUAGUGUUUAAUCAUUUGAUUGACAAGCCGUUUCCUCAAAAUUAUGUCACUUGGUUUAUGCACGGGGAAAUGAAUGUAUUGCAUAAUUCUAGAGACAUAGAGGUCGCUCAAGAUGCACCACCCAUGGAAAAUCCUGUUGAAUUGUUGAUUAAUGAAGCAUUCGGGGGCUUAAGGCAUGAGGGUGUUGAUGUAGGUCCGUCACAAGUGAUGGGAGAAGAAGAAAUGUUACAUGACAUGCCUGCUUCAAAUAACCAAGAUUUUUUUGAGUUGCUUAGAGAUGGACAUCAAGAAUUGUAUGAAGGGUCCAAGUACUCAAAGUUGAAAUUUUUAUUAAAGCUUUAUCACAUAAAGUGUUUGUCUGGAUUAAGCGACAAUGGAAUGACUAUGAUACUAGAUCUACUCAGAGAUGCAUUUAAAUUUGUAAAGAUUCCUGAUUCUUUUUAUGAGGCCAAGAAAACCAUCAAGAAGUUGUGUCUUGAUUAUAUCAAGAUAGAUGCUUGUCCAAAUGAUUGCAUGUUGUACUGGGAAGAUGAUGUUAAUGCAGAAACAUGCAAGUAUUGUCACACUUCUAGAUGGAAGCCCGAGAAUGAGAGCAAUAAAGAUCAUGCACCUACUACAAGUAAGAAACAAAAGAAGAAAAGGAAAAAGCCUGCAAAAAUUUUGCGCUACUUUCCAUUAAAACCAAGAUUACAAAGAUUGUUCAUGUGCUCUAAGAUUGCAGAGCAUAUGAGCUGGCAUGCGGAGGAUGGUAACAAAGAUGGAACCAUAAGACAUCCUAGAGAUGGUGAGGCAUGGAAGAGGUUUGAUACAACUUUUCCUGAAUUUGCUUCUGAUCCUCGAAAUGUUCGACUAGGCCUAGCUAGUGAUGGUUUCAAUCCUUUUGGGACAAUGAGUACUAAUUAUAGCAUUUGGCCUCAGGUUUUGGUUCCAUAUAACCUUCUUCCUUGGUUGUGCAUGAAGCAACCAAAUUUCAUCCUCUCAAUGAUCAUUCGAGGUCCACGUACGGCAGGGAAUAACAUAGAUGUAUACCUACAACCCCUUAUUAAGGAGUUAAAUGAGUUGUGGAGUGAAGGUGUGGACACUUUUGAUUCAUCAAAGGAUGAAAUGUUUAGAAUGCGAGCAGCUCUUAUGUGGACAGUUAGCAAUUUUCCUGGACUUGAUAUCUUAUCUGGUUGGAACACACAUACUGGUCUUGCAUGCCCCUCUUGUAAUUUUGACGCAAAACCUUGUCGACUUCGUCAUAGUAGAAAGUGGUGUUUUAUUGGCCAUCAUCGGUUUUUGGGAAGAAAUCAUAAAUUUAGAAUGAUGAGGCCUCGUUUUGAUGGGAAUGUCGAGGAGAGGACCCCUCCGAAGAAGUUAUCAGGGUCAGACAUUUUGCAACAAGUGAAAGAUAUCAAUGUCACAUUUGGAAGACAAGCAGAAUUGAAUGAUAAGAGGAAACAAAGUAGGAAAAGAAGUGUUGGGGAAGAAAAAUCAAAGGAUCAUGUUAAGGCUCGGAGAGAUCUACAAGAUAUGGGUAUAAGGCGUGAUCUUUGGCCGGAUGAGAAUGAUGAAUGUCGGCUUGGUGCAUUUACAAUUCCAAUGGAGAAGAAAGUGACCUUUCUCAAGACGUUAAAGAAUAUCUCCUUUGCUAGAUGGUUAUUCAAAUUGUUAGGUCAUUUAAAGUCCCUUGUAGGGAAUAAAUCACAACCAGAAGGUUCCAUAGCUGAAGGCUACAUAGUUGAAGAAGCUCUAACUCUUUAUUCUCGUUAUUUUGAGGGAAUUGAGUCAAGGUUAAAUCGACCUAAACGUGUAAACGAUGAACCAAAUUGUAAUGAGGCUUCUGAAAAGUCAUCUAUGUUCCCCCAACAAGGUAAACCUGUUGGAGGCUCCACAACAGAACCAUUGACUCUUUUGGAGAAAACACAAGCUCAUCGAUAUGUGUUACUUAAUUGCGCAACAGUGAAGCCGUUUGUUGAUGAAUUUAGACAUCACAUCAGAAGAAGUAGAGCGAAAACUUUCGGAAUGGGAGAGGUAGAGAGGAGAGUUAGUAAAGAGUUCCCUGAUUGGUUUCCUAAGCGAAUUAUGAAUCCGGAUAUAGCAGACACUAUCUCCGAUGAUUUGAAGUUCUUAACACAAGGUCCGGCACAAGAUGCAAAAAGAUUCAGUGCUUAUAACAUUAAUGGAUUCAAAUUUCGGACUUUGUCUAGAGAACAAGGAUCAAAAACUCAAAAUAGCGGAGUUUUUCUUGUCUCUGACAUUUCUUGUGUUGCAUCUAGUGCAGAUAGAUAUGCAAGACAAGCAGACCUGCCCUAUUACGGGAGGUUGGAAGAUAUUAUUGAGCUUAAUUACUAUGGCCGAUUCAGGGUUGUUCUCUUCAAAUGUCGGUGGCCGACACUACUCGAAACGAGAGGAUUCAAAUCAGAUGUUUGGAAGUUUAAUUGUGUCAACUUCUCUAAAUUGAUUCACACUGGUGAUCGUGAGGAUGACGAUCCAUAUAUUGAAGCAUCAUAA